GGAAAAAUAUCUUUACUAAAUAAGGAUUUCUACACAAACCUAGCUAUAAUGCAACACAACUAGUAUAUAAAGUGGGAUUUAUUUUGGUAAAAUCACAAUUACAAUUUUUUAAAUAAAAACUAUAAAGUUAGCUAAUCUGUGUAUAAUUACUAAUAGCUAUACUUAACAUGAAAGUUAUAGCAUUUUUGUUAUUAAUAACAUUCAGUUGUUACGCGAUUCAGGACUGCGAUGCCGGUGCCGCCGAAAUCGUUUCGGCCGCCCGUUCCCAAAAGGGUGUCCCCUAUUCAUGGGGUGGGGGCUCGUGGAAAGGCAAGUCGUACGGCAUCGGUAAGGGCGCCCAUACCAUCGGCUUUGACUGCAGCGGACUGGCCCAGUAUGCCGUCUAUAAGGGCACCGGAAAGAUCAUCGCGAGGGUAGCCUCCGAUCAGUAUAACGAUGGGAAGUGCGCUCGAGUGGCAUAUAGUGCCAGACAGGCCGGGGAUCUGGUGUUUUUCGGUAGCCCUCCCUAUCACGUGGGUAUCCUAUCGGGUGCUAACACUUUCGUGGAGGCGCCCAAAACCGGGGAAGUCGUGAAGGAAAUACAGGUUUAUUCCACUAAUAGACAGCCAUAUGUUAGGAGGUGUGCCUAAUAUGCUUGAUCAUAAAUGGUGUGUAAGUAUUAUGUUACUACUGUAUAGCUUAAUAUCAUAAAAAUUUGCUGGAUAAUAUUUGAACAAUAUUUAAUUUGAAGUAUAUUAUCAUGCUAUUUAACAAUUUAUUAUUAACGAUUACCAAAAUUAACAUGCAUUUUAUGUGUAAAUAAUGUAAACCUCAAAUAUUGUUGUAAUUUAUCAUGAAAGCUAAACUUAAAUUACUAUUUAAUAUAGGGGUUGUAAUUGAGUUUUACAUUUGGAAUAAAAUUAAUGAUAUAUACAUUUAAUAAAUUGUCAAAAUGUUUACAAUCCUCAACUUUCUAUCAGGC